CAAAACGCAUCCCGUCGAAAAAAUUAGAAAACCAAAACCCUCCGGCGACCGGCGGCGGCGAUGGAGAGGAUCCCGGCGGCAUCCGCCAUGGACUGGAGUAUCGACCUCGACAGGGGACUCCGCUCCCGCCACCAGGCCACGCGCAUCCGCGCCCUCGACGCCGCCAGCCCGCGCCUCCGCCAGCUCUGCGCUUGCGCCACCUCCCCCGCCCCCGCGCCCGUCGCAUCCUCGUACGGCGUCCUGCCCGGGGAGGCGCGCGUCUUCGCGGAGACCAUGCUCCUCCGCCUCGCCACCGAGUUCAGGACCGCCGACGGCGCCAUGCGGGCCCGCAUCGUCAGGACCCUCCUUGCCGCUGCGGGGGGACGCGGCGCGCUGGCCGGGGCUUGCGUGGCGGAGCCCGACCAAUUGCUCAGGAGGGUCAAGGCGGUGUACGACACGGGGAGCGCGCGGGACAGGGCACUCGCGCUGCGCGUGUUCGGCUGCCUCGCCGAGGUCUCCAAGGACAGCGUGCACGUCCGCUCUUUGAUUCUCUCCAGCUUGGGCGCCUCAAGUGCUCUCGAGGUCAAGUCAGCAAUCUUUGCGGCUGGUUGCAUUUGUCGUCUGUCUGAGGACUUCUCAUGGAUAAUUCUUGAAGUGUUCCGAAGAUUGAUUUGUUCUCAGACAUCAGAACCACAAGUUAUCAUGGCAGCAAUUAAGGCUUUCUCAAAGCUUGAUUGUACGUUGGCUGUUAUCCAUAGAGUUCAUGAGGUUGGAAAGCAGAUGGUUCUAGGCACACUGGAAGAUGUAUUCAAAUAUGAAAUGCUCUAUUCGCUCUCAAGAUUGGUAUCCAAGUCGAUCAUUUUGUUCUGCGACCAGGUGGAUUUACUGUUACUGUUUCUGAAUCAUGAUUCCACUCCUAUGAAGUCUAUGGUGUUAAAAUGCAUGUGUUUUAUGUUUCACAGAAAUACCUACCAUUUUUCAGUUAUUAGGACUGUUUUUGGCAGAUUGUUGCCACUAAUUGAUGAUGAGGAUCUUUCACUUGACUGUAAGAGCUAUGUGUUAAGGAUUCUGCAGAAGAAUUUCUGUGGUAAAGCGUCAGGCAUUCAUCAUUUCGAUGGUUCUGAAUUAUCUAAGCUUCUUCUGGCUGCUGAAAGUUAUUUACAUUCUUCUUCCUUGGAGAUGCAAGGCACUGCUCUAGAAAUACUUGUGGAAGUCUUUUGCAUUCUCAAGCAAGUGAGGCCAGAUUUGAACAUGACCAUUCUUAAGGGUUUACCAUUUGCAUAUGCUGAGUGCCAAGGAGCAACCAACAACAUAUCACUAACUUCUGAAGAAAAUGGUAUGGACAGACCUCUGUAUAAUAUCAUAACAAUGAUUGUGAAUUAUAUUAUAUCUCUGGUCAAUCAAGUAAUCAGCUGUGAAAAGAAAAAAGUCACUAGCGGAAGCAUCUGCAUGCCAUCUGAAUGGGAUAAGAAAUAUAUAGCUCCUUUCAGACUUAUGGUGAAGCUUGUCACAUGCUACCCUUCUGCGGCUACUGUUGCUCUUGGUAAACUAAUCAGUGUGGUAAAAGAACUAUCUCAAAUUAAUGGCCGUGAUUACUCUGAAGUUGCCGUUACCUCUGUUGAACCAUUCCAGACAAUUAUUGCUCUUGAGGAAUUGAACACCUCAAAUGGCAAUGUUGAACUUUUAGCUACAAGGAUUGAAGCUUCUCCCAUUGAAACAGACAUUGGUAAGGGAAAAUUGGAUUCCUCCAAAUUUGACCGCAAGAAUAAAAGGUCCAUUAUGCAUGAUCUUACUCUUUGCACGCUCAGGUUUGGAAAUGCUUGUCACGAUGUUCUUUGUAAGACAUCUGGUGCUAGAUACAAUCUCCAUGAUAGCAUUAAGGGUCUAAUUGAGUGCGUUCAUCAGAAUGACUCUCAAUACUGGAGCACAUAUGAAGCCUUCCAUCUGAUAAUGUGUGCUUGUAUUGCCCGGGAUACUUGUAAAAUCAGAGAUGGGAAUCAGGAACCAGGUGAUUCAAAAGAGGGGCCAAGUUUUUUCUUAACUCCUUCUGUUUGGAUAGCUCAGGAAUUAUGUGCACUUCGAAUGACCAAAAUGCUUAUAAAAAAACAGAAAUACUGGGAAGCUUAUAGGUCUUCCAUGUACUGUUGUCGUAAAGGUCUCUGGUUCACUGCUUCCUUUGUCUUCAGGAAACUGGCAGAUGUAUUUAAUCCAGGCUCUUUCAGUUGUUGGUUCAAAUCAUUGCUACUUUUUUCUGCUGGGGAAAUUGAGAUGAAGCUAUUACUUUUUCCCUCAGCAACUAUAAAGUUAGUUGGUGAGCUAAAAACAGACAAUGAUCUUAGCGAGGAGCUUUACUGUGCUGAAACAGAUCUUGACAGUAUUCUCAGUGAAUCUCAAGAGUUGCAUGGUCACCAAGCAACAAUCACUGGUAUUUGUGGCAGAACAGGCUUAGCUAAUGAUGCUCUAGAAUCAAAUGCCGCCUCAGAUUAUGAAUUCUUUUUCCAGAGAUGGUUCAUUAGCCUCAGAUCAUCAUUUCUUGAGAUGUUAACUGACAUUCUUGGUAUUCUUAGUGCAAAUUCUUCUGCAUAUGAAGGAAGAGAAGAUCAUUUAAAUGUAUCUGGAGAGAUUAUCCAAGGCCAAAUACUUGCUUUGGCUAGUUGCUCUUUAAGAUUAAGUGAUCUGGCAAAGAGUUAUGAUCUCCUUGCUGCAUCCCAUAUGGACAUGGAUUGUCAUAGCUCUAGUAGUUUAGCCAGGCUUGCUUUCAUGUGCUCGCUGUUGGCAUUUUGUACUGCAUAUUCUGUGGAUUUCUCAAGAGCAUGUAGUGAUGUAGAGUCAUGCAAGCUUCCGAAGAGGUUUUCUUAUGCUUUGGUCCUACAAGAUUUACAUGGAAGAGUAGAUGGGUUGGACAGGCAGAUUGUUUCCAAACUGCAACAGUUCAUGCCCACUUCUUUUGAUGCACAGGUCUGUUUACAGUCCAGUGGACGAAUGAACUGUUCUGGAGAUCUUGAAAAGGAUUCAUAUUCUCUUUGCCAUUUUGCCGUGGCAUCGUUGCUUUCCGCACAUGGGAAUGCUAAAGCUAAUGGAAUGACAAGAGGGUUGCAACUUCUGUCCACCAUUUUGCAGAAGUUUAUGGAAUUGCCUUUUGUGGUUCCCAAGUACUUCUUCAGAGUAAGGCCUUGCCUUGGCGCUGAACUUUACAUGUUUGUUUCAAAUCCUGCGGACAAAAAUGAAAUGUCGGUAGAGCCUGGUUUCCAGUUGUCUCUUACUCUCUGCAUGCAGUGGAAGCGUUUGUUAGAGAGAACUGCCAUUCGCCCCAUGAAAUUGUACUGCAUUCUAGCCACAAGCUCGGCACCCUGCUUAGACACAGCAGGAACAAGAAGGAAGCAGUUUGGACCGCACAAGACUGCCGAAAUGGUUGAGCUUAAUUCCAAGCUGCUGUGGUACUUAAGGAGUGAUUUGAGGAAGGGCAGGGAUGAGAAGGAUUCCCAGUCCAGCUCAGAGAUGGUUAUGGCCUUUGCACGCUUCGAACCAGCUGAUAGCGGGCAGGGAUUCUCGGCUUGCUUGCUGAAUGUCUCCUCGUUCCCUGAAGGUUUGUAUCAGAUAAAGUGGCACGCGUGCUGUGUCGACCAGAACGGCUCCUAUUUCAGCCUCCUGCCUCUGACCGAUGGUGUCGUCUUCUCUGUCCGGAAGUCCUGACUGUGUGGGUGCUGCAGUGUUAUAGAGCAGAUUAACACUAGAAUUCAGAACUUGUGAUCUGGUACCGUCGGUCGGUCUAUCGAGGCGGCCAACCUGUAACGAGGAAGCAAAGCUGCUAGAGUUGCAUUAUACAAGGGCGAGUCUGUAGCUACCUGCCAACCCAAAUUCCCUGUCGAUCUUUACUCAGCUGCUGUUCUAGAAUGAGCACUGUACAGGAGUAUGCUGGAAGCAUUGGCAUUGGUGUAGUGUAAUCUCAGUGUUUCUUUCUUUUUCAUUUUUAGAAAAAAAAUCUGGUACCGAGGGAAUGUGCUCUAGCCAAUGUCAGGGCUUAGUUUAGUUGGAGCUUGGGACUUUGGGAGCAAAGUUGCAGCAGCAUGUAUAGAAAAAGCACAAAAUUCCAGUGCCCCAAUAACUUCGAUGAGAAUUGAGAAA